CAAAACGUGAUGACCAAAAUGAAUGUGGCGACACAGUACUUAUAGAAAACCAAAAAUGGCAUAGAGUUUUUGGAGAAUGGAAAUGUACAAAUUGUCAAGCUCAUUGGAAAAGUGGAUAUGUUUGGAUUCUUUUAGAAAAAUUCAAUUGCAAAGCCAAUGCUUCAAAUCUAGUUAAAACUCAAGAUUAUUUUUGUCAAAGUUGUAAAAAACAUAAUUGUAAUAGUAAACUUGGUAAAUUGAUUAGGUGGAAACUUCUUUCUAAAUCAAGUACAAUGAAUGAUUUACCACAUCUACCUGAUCUCUGUGCAAAAUGCAAAGCAG